CUGGGGUACUCGAAGCUCGUCGUCACCCUCGACAUCAUAUGGAACCUGGCCUUCGUGCUUGUUUCUGUGGUUAUGCUAAUUUGCUCGGCCAGGGAAAAGACCAAUGUGCUUAGGGUUUGGGUGUUCAGCGGGAGUAGAGAGGAUGACAUUCAGAGAGAGGAGGAUGUCAGAAGCGGGCUCUUUGGCAUCUCUAACGUCUCGAGGUCUUCUGAUCACUUCAUACCUUAUAUUGCUACUGAUCUUGAUGAUGUUGUAUCAAAUGAAUAUUUGGCCAUACUUGUUAUGCUAAAGUCUCGUGCUUUGCCUAAGUGCACCAUAUGCAUAAAUGCAAAUUGA